AUGAUCGAAAAGGAAUAUGGGAAACACACUGAGCAUAAUCAUAAUUUUUACUGCAAGACCGUUCUGCGCAAAAAUUACUUUACAGAAACCAAUUGUGUGAACUGUCUAUUACCCAUUAAUGGUGAUAGGGAUUUGGUGAUUGGCACGGACAACGGAAUUUACUUGGUCAAUCAAUGGCCUAUCGACGAAAACAUCGGACCGCAGCUAAUUAUCGACACUGUCGGCGUUACUCAGAUUGACAUUCUGGAAGAGCAUCGCCUAUUUAUGAUCCUGUCGAAUGGAACACUAAGUUCAUAUCCAAUUGAAGUCCUGAAUGCUAGCGGAGACCAGGAUUUAGUAUCUUGCGAACCACAGAAGGUCCAAGACUAUGUGGACUUCUUCAAGAUCGGGAUUAGCGUGGGACGACAUCUUGUGUGCUCUGUCAAUACUUCGGAAUCAUCAACUGAAAUCAGAGUUUUUCAGCCUACGGAUAUCUUCAAUCGAAAUGGUAUGAGGUUAGCCCUGGACAGUAUGGGAGAUGGAAACACACUCAACCUGUUCAAGGUAUUUCACAUUCCUGUCGAAUGCUGGUCUGUACACUUCCUGCGGUCAACUUUAGGCAUUGGCUGCACAAAGGGGUUCAAAAUCAUCAAUCUGCAUACUGCAGAUAUUUACCCACUUCUUGACCCGGCAGAUAAAUCGCUAGAUUUUGUUUCACAGAAUGAAAACCUCAAACCCUUUCACAUUGAAAAAAUGGACAACGGCAGAUUCCUUCUCUGCUACAAUGGGUUCUCAAUGUUUGUGAACCGGAAUGGAUGGCUAGCACACCCUGACUGGAAAAUUUCUUGGAAGGGCACACCGAAAUCUUUUUCGGUGUCAUAUCCAUAUAUAUUAGCCUUUGGGUUGGACUUGGUAGAAUUUUGGCACAUCAAAACAGGCAAACUGCUUGAUACUAUUGUUGGACACAAUAUUCGGAUGUUACAUUCGCGUCCAGGACAGACAUUUUACGCCUUUGAAGACGACGGUGGUGAGGAUGCAGUAGCAAGUUUAACAUUUAGCGCGGCCUCAGGACCCUCCUGA